AUGGCAUCACAUAACAUCCAGGAUUACUCGUUAGAGCAGUGGACAAAAUAUGCAGAUACCUAUCCCACGAAUACCAAGGCCACCCUCAAGUCCGAUCAUGCCCUCCACGCAUACUCGAAUCGGUUAUCGACAGAUAAGGACUACCUUUUUGGGAAGAACCGGGAGCAUCAGAUGGUGUGGCUAUGGAACAUGUCCCAGGACCAAGAAGAGCUGAAAGACGCAUUGAGCUCUCCCAUGGGUAGCAAAGAAAGCAAGUUUAUCUUCCUCCAAACUGCCUCUUCGCGCGGUGCUCUGUGUUGUACUCGUGAGCAGUUCCUCUCGGUACUGUCGUGUUUUGAAGUGAUGCCCGGGUUCCUGGAUCUCUGCUUCAAACUCGGCGGGAUGCGCAAGCCAUCUAUUGCAAAUCACUUCCGGUUGGACGACCUGUUCCUGCCAAGUCAUGUCUCCAGCCGCGGCACUCGGGUACAACAUUCAUUUGAUUUUCUUGCCUUUGAGAAGAAGGUUGAACGCAGUUUGCUGGGACGCAGCAGUGAUGCACAGGACUCGGAGGAGCAAGCCAUAACAUGGUCUCUAAGACGCACGACUGUUUACCAUUCAUACGAUGUGCAUCAACAGAACGCUGUGUGGAUAAUCAUCAAAGGGAAUGGCUCGAUUCGAAAACGCGUCGCUGGGAAAUCUGAGCCACACAAUGCCAUCAACGGCAACCGUACUAAAACCAAACAGGAAGAUGUGUUUCUGUCCACUCUCAUGACCCAUCUCCAGAUAAUCGAAUCUUGUACAGAGUCAUGGGAAGAACACUACGACUAUCUAUCAAAGGAAGCCGAAAAUGUUGAUCUCAUCUAUUUUCCAGUCGACGAAAUCGCAGAAGAGUCUGCAAGGCGCAUGGAACACAAAGAACCCGUCGUUCCCCGCCCCUUGCGGUACAUGCCCAAGCCACUCCGCAGAGAAAGCACCAUGUCGAUCAUCAAGCCCAUACAGCGUGGCAUGAGCAGUCUCUCCGGCCGGCUGUUUCGUCGAGCCACACAGUCCCGGCCGAAUGCAGAGCCAGCAGAGCUGACUGAGGUGGUGGCGACACCCAACACUUUCCCGGGAGACGAUGACACAGAGCUCGAGGAUCCGUUCAAGUUUGUCAGUCUUCAGCGUACACACGAGCUGACAGAGGCUCUACAAAACCUGAUACUCGUGAUUGAACAAAAUGCCGCAAUUAUCACAGAGUUGAGCAAGAGAUAUGUGAGACUGUCAGAGACUCCACAUUUCGAUUCAGUGCAGAUCCACAUCACGCAAUUUAUACAGCAACUAGAAAUCAUUUCAAAUGAUUUGAAAAGCAACCUGUCCCGUGUGAAGGACCUCUCGCAUAAAGUUGAGAGGAGAGAGGAGCUGAUCAAAACCUCUAUCGAAUACCAGAACAUGAAACUGGGCGAGUUCUUUGCCCGGUCGGCACAGAGUGUGGCCCAGAAGACAAAGGAGGAAACAACCAGCAUGCAUAUCAUCACGUUCCUCACCAUGAUCUUUCUCCCUGGGACUUUCAUCUCUACACUUUUCAGUAGCCAGGUGAUCAUCUUUGAUCCCCAUCCACGCUCUGGAAACCUGGGUGAUUGGACAGUGAACUGGCCUGCUCUGAAGCUCUUUUUACUACUUUGCUUUCCUGUCAUGCUUCUUACCAGCUUAUGCUGGUGGUUCUUCUACACCAGAAGCAAGAAGAAGAAAGGACCAGUUGGCUCAAAGUAG